UUUAUUUAUUUUUCUCAAUCUUUCUAGUUUGAAACAGAGUUUGUAACGAAGGUGAGUUUGUGGCGGUGUACAAACUUCAGAGCUGAACUUACACUUUCUUUCUGCAACACAUACAACACAAUUCAAUUUCUUCUUUCACUUUGAUCAUCGUUUUCUCUCUAUUUUUUCCGAAUUCUCUCGUAAUAGGAAGAGACCAUGAAAUCCGGCAGAGACAAAGAGAAAGAGAACGAUCGCUGCAUCAGUUCGCAUAUGCAGACCCUCCAUCGCCGUCUUAUCCACGCCCUAAACCUUGGCACCAGACAUUUUGAUGAGAAGACAAAUAGGUGGAGAUGGCAGUGCGCCAACAUUGAAGUGCAGAAAAAUGUACUACGAUCAAUUGGUGCCUUUCUUGAUUCCUUAUCGGGCGAUGCACGUGCAGCACGUCAUGCUGUUGUUAAGGUGUAUAGUUUGCUUCCUUUUGUUUUUGGGAUUUUAAGUCUUGUAAGUAGCACCUAUGAACCUGAAUUAGGAGUUUCUGUGCUUGUUCAUCAGACUUUCUAAAUGAAAUGUGCAUAUCUGUGAAGAUUGUGGAAUUU